AUGAUUUCAGAUGCAAACAGAGAUGAUCGUUACACAAUAUAUAUAAGCGUAUGCUGCUUAUUCAUUCUAGGAAAAAUAAUCAAUUACAGAAUGACUAUUCCUGAUGAAUUAUUCAGUCUCAUCUCAAAGGUUUCAUCUGAAAAUGGCAGCAUUGAAGAUUAUGAACGUAUUUGUUUGAUUCUUUCCAAUCUCUCAACAACAGAAUUGCAUUCUGUUUUCCAACGAUGCGAUAUUUUAAAGGCCUUGAUGUCUAUUAAUUUACAUGACAAGCAAUCUUCCCAUAUUGCAAUGAAAUUAGCUUCCAUCAUAUUUUCUCUCGUAUCAUUGUUCAACUUUGUUCAAUCUCAUCAAGAUGAAUUACUUUUGAUACUUGAAUCAACUAAAUUUGACUUAAUCGAAUUCAUUCUUAAAAGGUUAAGGGCUAGUGCGGCUGAAGCUGACGGUUCAACAGAAAAUUUGCCAGAUCGCAUUCUGGAGGCUGCAGCUCGAUUAGUUCUUCAUGAAAAACUUUCGGUAUCUACGGAAGCACAAAAUUUCCUGAUAACUCUAGCCGCAAAAUGUCCAUUGGGUUUAAAAAAAGUUUUGGAUACUCCUGUAGCGAGCACAUUGAAAUCGUUAUGUUCCACACCAGAGCAUUCAAUAAGAGUUUCUGAAUUUGCUGUACAUUUGGUUUCCACACGUCCUGAAGUGUUUGAAGAUGUUAAAAAAUCUGGUUUAUUUCAACCUAUUGUGGAUGGUUUGGGUUCAAGUGAUCCACUAGUAUGUUUGAACUGGUUAGAAUUAGCCAAAACGUUGAGUAAUUCGGAAGCUGGAUAUCUCUUUCUCAAUGAACAGAAUAUCUUCUCUAGACUUCUGGAUGAUUUGCAGUCAUUUAGUUCGAAUUCAUUAGCUGAUUUAUUACUCCCUGGAUAUAUUACCUUUUUUGGUAAUCUAGCCAAACAGAAUUCUAAUUAUUGGCUAGAUUCAAACGAUGAAAGAUUCAGAAAUAUUUUAGCCAAUGCAGUAGAAAAUAAGAACAUUAUUAUUUCUAUGAUGGCAAUUGAAACUGUUGGAUACAUAGCAAGUAAUUCGACUGGUCGAAUUACUUUAAAUAAACUAUUCGCUAAAAAUGGUCCAUUGCAUAGUGUUUUGGGAAAACUUUUUCUUUUAAUAUCUAAUUCACCGACUGAGAUAUGCACUCGAGCAGUUGAAUGUUAUAGUUUUCUUCUACGCCGACCAGAUGGGUUAAAUUCCAAUGAUUUACUUGAUGAUGCAAUGCUUUCUCUUAAUUGGGCAAUAUAUUCCUGCCAGAAAAAUACUGAUCUAACAAAAAUGAAUUCAAUAGAAGAGAAAGAAGCUUUAGUUGUUCCACUAUUGAAACGUCUUUAUUCACUAGGAACUCAACCAUUUUUCGAGGUGCGUGCAGCUGUAUUCAAGGCGAUUGAUGCCAUCGCAACACAGCCUUGGGGAGUUCGACAGAUAAUACAACAACCUGGAUUUCUUGAAUAUUUACUCAAUCGUCAAACAGAACUUGGUCUUUCAGAUAAUAAAAUACAACUUAUGCAAGCUAAACUGGAUAUUAUCAACAAUAUACUGAAAACAUAUCAAGUAUGGAGUAGUCAUGACUACAAGUUGUAUCAGAAUCUAAUCAAUAGUGAACAGAUAAAAGAUAUAAAGAUUUACUUGAAAGAAGGCUUAUGGGGUGUUGUACAUACAGAGGGUGCAGUAGUGGCUUUGGAAUCUGGUUAAAGAAUUAACAUUAUUCCAAUGAAAAAAAUCAAAUCAUAAAUAUAUACGUUUAAUUUCUCUUCUUUUUUUGAUCUGUGUUUUCAUAUAAAUGUCGUUAUAGAUUUUGAAUAUUGUAUAUUUAAACUUUCAAUGAUGAUCUUCACAUUGUUUUUGUUUCAAAUAUGAGAUCAUAUCCUACAGCCUUUCAGUGGGAAAGUUGCAUUUCGUGCAGAUAAUAGCAUGUGGCCUUUCAGUUAAGCUAAGCUUGAUAGUAUAUAAGUUCACCAUCAUCAUCAAGACAUGCCGUAUAGUGUGUAUAGAUUUCACUAUAGGAUCAACUCUUGUUACUUACUUACUUACCAUGAUUGUAUUUCAGCAGUGGAAGCUGUGUACUGUUAAGUCAACGAAUGGUUAUUUCUUUCGAAACACAAAGGAUCUGAUAUAACCACAGUUAAUA